AAAUGAGUCAAGAACUCAAAUGGUUGGGCCCAUCGAUAAAUUAACUACGGACCCAACAGUCAAAAAUACUAGCGACGGCAAUAGGAUUAGCUACCCUAUCGAUCGGCGAUUAGUUGACAAAAAUAAGGAAAACGGAUAUACCGGUGAAAAUAAAAAUUUAAAAAAGAAAAAAUCAAACGUUAGACGGUAUAAUCCAUAUAAUAAAAUUUCAGAAACCGAAUCAAGAAUAGAUAAGAGUAAAGACGAAAAUAAUAAAGUAAAUAAAAACUUGGAAAGUUAUAACCCUCGAAAUCCUUUGAAUAAAAAUUCCAAUCUUAAUGAUGAAAAUAAAAAUAUAAAAGAAAUUAAUAAAGUAAUAUCUAAUGAAAAUUUAAAAAAUAAUAAAAGAAAACCUUUCGAAAAUUUUGAAUCAAAUAAAUCUAUUAUACUUCCUGAUUAUUCUGACGGAUCAUCCUCAUCAGGAGACAUUUAUGACGCGGCAGCUCUAAGAAAAAGACUCAUUAAAAAUCACCCUUCGUAUUCAAGUGACGAUUCUUAUUUGACAGAUUUUGGUCUUUCUUAUAUAGCAAAUAAAUCUAUAAAAUUCCCAAAACAUAAGAAAUCUCGUAAUUUAUCAGCAUCAUCUCAAUCCUCACAUUCGUAUGUACCUGAAACUCCUAAAAUCAUUGAUCCUUCAUUACCAUUAUUAACAGACGUACAGACGCAAAUUACAGCUUCAACCUCAAAUUUAAAACCACAGACAAAUAUUGAAAAUACAGAAAUCAAUAAAAACAAAUCAGUACUUUCUCAAAUUAAAAGAUCACAUAGACUAGCAGAAUUUACACCUUCUCCAGCAGCUCGCACACGCAGAAAAAUAGUAACAACUAACAAUAAGACAAAGAAAAUUAUUACUCUAGACACCUCAGACGACGAAUCAAAUACAGACGAGACAGAAAUUAUAAAUUCAAGAAUAUAUUCAAGCAACUCAAAUGACAUCGAAACAGACUCGCCAAUUGAGACUAUUCCUAUUACCCCAAGAACGCCUACACGGAAUGUCACAAAGAGCCCAAUUAAAUUAUGCCCAGCUUCCAUACGAAGUCCUAUAAGAAAAAUUAAUAAUUCUAAAAAUAUGGGAGGCGCGAUUCCAUGGUCAUCAGAAGAAGGUGGUGACCACCCAAAAAUUUUAAAUGUAGAAGCUUUAGUGCAUGCAGAUCCUUAUGUCGAAUCUAACGCUCAUGUAAAUAUGGAAAUUGAUAAAACUACUUGUAACAACUCACUCACACGACCGAUGGACAUACAGACGUCAUCCGAUGAUAACGUAAUACCGCCGACUAUUGUAAACAUUGAUAAAAAUAAAACUAAUGUACAAAAAGUAGAAAUAAAAAAUAAUCCUAAAAUAAAUAAUGACGAACCACGACAACAAAGUCCUAGUAAAGCCAUAGAAAAACAUCGUGUAGUAACAAAUAGUCAAACGAUAAAUAAUGUUACUAACGGCGAACCGCAGCUACGCAGGUCAAAAAGACAGCGUAAGCCUAAAACGUGCUCGUGUUGCACAGAUAAUGAUAAACAUACGCAUACACAAAAACACAUUCCAUAUAAGAUACAAAAACUUUCAGAAAAUAUUAAAAUGAAAACUAAAAAACCUAAAAAUAAUAAAAAUAAUUUUCUACCCCAAUUGCCGAAAAUAAUGGUUACCCUCGAAGCGAUUAAUCGCCAACAAAAUGCAAAUGAUAAGCUUUCAAAAAAUAAAUUAAGCGUAAUAAAUGAAAAUGUACAACCGAUCAAUUCCCAAAAUUCCUUCCCAAAUGGAGGACAACAAAAUCCUGCGAAACAUAUAAAUUCACCCGUUGAUCAAAAUUUGAGUUCAAUCGAACGAAUAAAUUCAUUCAAUGACCAAAAUUUUGAUCAACGAGAACAAAUAAAUUCAUUUAAUAAUGAAAACCUUGAUCAAAUCGAACAAAUAAAUUCAUCUAAUAAUAUAACAAAUUUUCAACAAAAUUUAACAGAAUUAAAUUCAGAUAGCAACCAAGAACAAAUAGAUAAUGUAAUUAUCGUAGAAAAUAAUAAUCCAGAUAAUGAACAAAUAGAUUCUGACGAUGAUUCAUCCGUAGUUUCAGUAAUGUCGAACGAUUUUAGUAAUGAUAAUAUAAUAGAGACUAGAGAUAAUUUAGAAAUGCAGAAAAAUAGUUAUUUAUGUUUUUUUAAUACAGAUGGUCCCAUUCCAAGCGAAAUAGGAAAACAAUUAUUAUUGUCAGGAUAUUUAAAUUUAAAUCCAUUUGCUGAAUAUAAAGUAGGUCAAGUAAUUAAAAUGGGAACACCUAAAAGAAAAGUACUUGCGUUAGUUAUUCAAAAUAACAACACAGAUGUAGCUACCGAAAAAGAUUAUUGCAAAGCUUUUAAAAAUUUAAAAUUAUAUAUGGAAAAAUCAAAAUUAAAAUCAAUUAGUGUUUCUCAAAGACGAAGUAAUUUACCUAAAACUGUAUGGCCAAAAAUUAAAAAUAUUAUAGCUAAAACAUUUAAAGGAACCGAUAUCAAAAUAAUCAUUUGUAGAGAUCAAAUAAUAAUACCUCCGGUAGAAGAAAGACAAAAGAUAAUGGCCGAGAAUCAUGAGACCCCAAUGGCAGGUCAUAAAGGUGUUACUAAAACUUACAAUAGAAUUAGACAAAGAUAUUUUUGGGAUAAUAUUAAGAAAAAUGUCGAAGAUUUUGUUAGAAAAUGUAUCAGUUGUCAAAAAAAGAAAUUAGUAAGAAUUAAAACAAAACAACCGAUGGUAAUCACUGAUACGUCCGCAGAAAUUUGGGAUAAAUUAGCAUUAGAUAUAGUAGUACCGAAUAAAACAUCGGCAAACGGUUAUUCAUACAUUUUAACGAUGCAAGACGAUCUCUCGAAAUAUUGUUUUGCAAUACCACUAGUAUCCAUGACAGCCAAAGACAUCGCGAUAGCAUUAGUAGAAAAUUUUAUUUUAAAACACGGUUGCCCAAGAGUAAUUUUAACCGACCAAGGUCAAGCAUUCAUAGGUAAAGUUAUGAAUUGUUUAGCUAAAACUUUCAAGAUGAAACAAAUAAAAACAACAGCUUUUCACCCUCAAUCGAAUGGUUCUUUAGAAAGAAGUCAUCAAGUCUUAACAGAUUAUAUCAAACAUUUCACAUCUAAGAAUGACUGGGAUAAAUGGUUGCCUCAUGCAACUUUUGCUUAUAAUACGAGUGUACACGAAGGUACAAAGUUCACCCCAUAUAGAUUAGUUUUUGGUAAAGAAGCGCGAUUACCAUCAGAAUUUUCAUAUCUAGACGAUAUCCCUACAUACGCAGAUUACGUUAAAGAACUCGCAACUCGAUUAUUAGAAUCAAGAAAAGAAGCAAGAGAAAAUUUAGAAAAUUCAAAAUCAAAAUCCAAAGUACGAUAUGAUAAGAAAAUAAAUCCCGUAAAGUUUAAAAUAGGUCAAAAUAUUUAUUUAAUAAAAAACCAGAGAGACGGUAAAUUUGAUGACAAUUAUUUGGGUCCUUAUAAAAUUACCGAAAUUUUUCCAGAUAAAAACGACAUAGAAAUUGAAUAUAAACCUGGGAAAAGGAAACUUAUCCAUUGCGACAGAGCUAAGAUAGCUUAUAAGUAAAUCGAAAUUUUUUUUACAACAAUACCUUUUCAAAAACGCAUUAAAGUAACUCUAGGGAACAAAUGAUUUAUUAAAAGUAACAAAGAAAAAUAAACCAUAUCGAAUGAUUCAUGAUCUGAUUUAAUUAACAUGUAAGAAAAACUACGUAUAAUUAAGAGAAUUUUAAUUCUAUUGGUAAAUGUUUUUUAAAAAGACUGAAAACGUAUAGACAUGAUUAAAAGUAAAUGUUUAGUAAAGAUAAGAUUAAAUUUAAAAUGAAUUAAUAAAACGAAUUAAAUAAUGCUAGAAAUCAAAUAUUCUAGAACUAGUAUAAUAAUAGCUAAUAAUUAUAGUUAAUAAUAUAACGCAAAAUAGAUAAUAGGUAAUCGUAAAAAUAACCGAAUAAUGACCAAAUUUUUGAAAUUAAAAUAAUAUGAAAUAUUGAAAAUAUAAAACGAAUAGAAAAGAAAAGGAAAAGUAAAAUAAUUAAAAAGAUAGUUUAACAGAAGAUAUCGUAUAGAUACACUAAAAAAAAAAUUAUUAUAAAUAAAUGAAUAAAUUAAUAAGUAAAUAAUAUAAAUUUUUUUUAAUAAUCUCAAGAAAUAAUAGAAAUAAGAACUUUUUUUUUGCCAAUGUCACCAUUAUAGUGAAUAAGACAUUUAUAUUGUAUACUACGACAUGAGUAAAUCGAUAUGUAAACAUAAUUCCCUAAUGAUUUAAGAAAAAAAUAUAAAAUGAACACAAAAAAAUGUUAUAUUUAAGAAAUUAAAUAUGUACAGAUUUCACGUCGGUAAAAUAAAAAUUUUUUAUAUUUAGCAUCUUUCACGGAUAAGGCUCGAACGAGCGAGGGCGCUCGUCUACCGGGUUGGGGCGUGUUACGUCCCAGCCUGUAUGGCAGAUGACGUAGGCUUUUACUUCCUUAAUUACCGACCUGAAACCUAACUAAUUAUAUCGAAUAUCGAUAAUCUAGUAAUUCCAAUAAUAUUUAAUUAAUCAUAUAAAAUAAUAUAAUAUAAUAAUAGAAUAAUAUUAUUUAAGACAUUUGAACGUUAAGGAUAUGAGUAAUAGUUGAUAAACUUAUUUUUCUAUAUUUUAUCAAAUAUAAAUAAGCGCUGACGCCUCGAGUUAACUCUCGAGACGUGCAGCUGCACAAAUAUCUAUUUUGUUUAAGAUAGCUUUUGUUAAUCGAUAAGUGACUCAUUUGUUAGUAACAAAAGUGGAAAGAUCGUGAGAACUAAGUAUUUUCAAUAAAUAUUAGAAUGGAUCAUUCGAGAACAUGCGUUAUCUCGAAUGACCCCUCCAUAUGACUCGAUGCGCGGGUCUAAUGCCCAAACGCAUUGAUAAGAGUUACUCUAGUUUUUCUCGAUCAAGAGAAGUCAGUCUGAGAUAUAGAAUCAUAGAGAGCAGUCAGGCUCAAUAUUAAAAACUCAACUUCGUUCUCACAUUCUCGAAGCUAUUGUUAAGAAUAACUUAACAAUAUUAUAACAUCAGAAUUGUACGUUUCACAAAUUCUCCAACUAUCUCUUUAUUCAUUGAAUAAAACAGAUCCAGAUAAUAUAUUUAAUAACAUAUAAAUAUAACCAGUUUAUUUCAACCACCAAAUGGUGGCUGUUCAACCCAUAAUUAAUUAUUAUUUAUAAUUAUAUGUAAGUUUCAUCACGUCCAAUUUAAAUCGACCGCUCAACUACGCCAGCGCCAAAACAUCAACCAGGACGUAACACUUGGACCGCUCGAGUUUUAUUGCAGUCUCUAACCGGCUUAUCCUCCAUUCUUCAAGUGUUUUAUUGAAAGGUUUCAAGGAGUUUCCUUACUAGGAUUUAUGAUAGGGCGAGCCUCGAGGGACCAGAUGGACCAGAUGUUUUAUUCUUUUAAGUCCCGAAAAACCCAAAAUUUUCCCACGAUUUAUUUAAAAUAUAUAUAUAUAUAUAUAUAUAUAUAAUUAUAUUUGAAUAGCCCGCGUAGGGUUUAUUUCUUAAUUCCGCGAGGGAACAUUUCAAUCAGACAGGUGAAUCGCGAUGGGACAUCACAUAUGUGCAGAUUAAAAAAUAACGUCGUAUUGUUAAUGUUAUCCCUGGCGGUUUUGAAUCACCCUGGAAACACGGUGGAAUCACGGCGGUUACACGGUGGUUUUUUGUCAUUUCAUCACCGUGAUUCCACGUUCACCGCGUAAUCACCGUGGAAUCUCGGUGGGUACACCGUGUAACCAUCAUGGAAAUACCAUGUAACCACCGUGUAUACACGGUGGUAAAAUGGCACAAACUCACCGAGUAACCACCCUGGAUCCACCGUGUUUCCACUCCCAGGGUAAUUCAAACCCGCCAGGGAUGUUACAAUAACGUGGUCAUUAGUAUAAAAAGUUAAAUUUUACCACGGUACACUGAUAGAAGUAUUUAUUUGAGCCAAAUAAAUAUUUAUUAAUAGGUAAUAAAUGAUUUAUUAAAUGAGAUUUAUUUGAGCCAAAUAAGCCAUUUCUUAAUAGUUAAUAAAUGGCUUAUUUAAAUAGAAAGAAAUGACACAUGAAGUCAAUUAAGUAAGGUUAUGACUAAUAAUUUAUAGGACUGUUUAAUCUAAUUAUAUAUAUA